AUGUCGACUGUGCUAUACUCAGUUUUCCGGACAGCGUCCCCGGGGGUUGGCGCUGGUAGUAGUUCACGUCCAUGCACUGCAAGCUCUACGACACCCACUGUAUCAACCAGCCUACCAAAAAGGGCGCAUACUGUGCGGAGCAGUCUGCGACCUCGUGCGUCAUCCUCCCUUCCGCCUCCUGCCCCACCUCCUACGAAAUCGCCACCGCUGACUCCGGUGCCAGCGCAUGUUGCUGUGGAAUUGACUGCAGAGCCAACAUCCGCAGGUCACUUGAGAGCGUCUGAAAGCGGCCGAAGGAGAGGCGAUUCUGUCAGCUCUGCAAGCCAUUCGUGCACAAGUCCUGCAGGCCGCCUAGCGUCUCUGCAGGAGGAGAGGAUGGAGGAUCUAUCGUCGCCUCCAAGCGAGACGACACCACUUCCCGCUCUCAGCGAUGGAUCUGUUCCGUCAAAGUCGAGAGUGUCCUUACAUUCUGGAACAUCAUCGGUCACCUCCCAUGAGUCACACUCAUUGCCUCUUUUGCCAUCUUCAGCGGGUUCACCGAUAAACGCUCGUAUUGCUGCACCUGUUACUGGGAGUGCCUCGGAGUCACCCUCGCCUCAUAAUGCCACGCAGCUCACGACCCCAAGGCCCAGAGGUGGUUCAGAAUUUUCCGUGCGCUCAGAGGCUGCAGCACCCGCGGUUAGGCCAUCGUUGAUCAACACAUCUCCUCACCUGGGUACCAUCUCGCCGCGACGGCAUAAGACUUCGAUUGUACCGUCGAACACCUCUUUACCAACAGAGUCCACUGCUUCCGCCACCUCGAUACCGAAUACGGCCGUUUAA